GCCAAAUCCUCCUAUAUUCAGCUCUGCCUCAGUAACUACAGAGGAGACCAAACCACUUGUAAUUUCGUGUAAAUCAAAUGGAAGCCGUCCAAUGGCUUCGAUAUACUGGUUACUUGGAAAUGGUAGAGCUAAUGUUACAACUUACGCAACCCAAUUACCACACUCUCAUGAUCCAACUACUGACACAUAUACUGUUACAUCUACAUUAACAUACAGUGUUAAUAGGUCAUAUAAUGGCCAAAACCUUAUUUGUGUAGCCAGUAAUGAGGCCACAUCUGAACCUGGAGGUAGUGCCGAGACGUCUGAAACACUAAAUGUUAAAUAUGCUCCAGACAUUACAGUGAACAGUCCUCCAUAUACACAGAAUGAUGCUAUCAGAACAGUAACAUGUCAUCCUAGUGGUAACCCAGAUAGUUAUACAUACCAUAAAUGGCAGCACAAGUCCAGAUAUGGAGAUCUUAUACGAGAGUUAGAUGGAAAUAAAACCUUGAAGAUACCUAAUGUCCCAGUGUUGUUAAGAUAUCAGGAUAGUGGAAAAUAUGUGUGUACAGCCAGUAAUGGUAUAAGGGAUAAUGACAAUAUGUUUGAACAGAUUGGUUCUGGAUAUGUAAUCGUGAAUGCUCAGCCAGUGUUUACAUCUGAUACCAUUGACAAGGCCAAACAGUUUGGUGAAAUCAGUAAAGCUGUAGAUAUAUAUGUUAAUGUAUAUAGUGUUCCAAAAUUCGCCAUUUACAUAUGGACUCGCGAUGGAAAACCAAUAACAACACAAAAUUUAGCAAAAUAUGCAUCAUCUAGUUCUCCUACUAUUGUUUAUGAUAAGGUUCAUGGGAAGGAAGUACACCUAGAUGGUUAUAAAGUAACACUGACCAUACGCGAUUUGACAGCACAGGACUUCAAUAAUUAUUCUUUAACACUUAAAAGUGGAUUUGCAGAUGUAACGCACACUAUUGUAUUGGAAUCUACCAGUGUACCAGAGACUCCGGGUAAUUUUAGUAUGACAACAACAUCAACUACUAGUAUUACAAUGCAAUGGGAUCCAAAAUCUGGUGGUGGACACAAACAAGCAUUUUACAUUCAGUACAGAGUCCAAGGAGCAUUUGAGUGGUAUACUACAUUGGCUGGUGAGGAAGAUAUAAACGAGCCAAAGAGACGAAGAAUAUAUGAAGUAAUAAACUUACAGAAAGGCAAGGCCUAUGGACUGAGAAUUUAUGCUGAGAAUAGAGCAGGGAAAAGAAGUAAUGUCACAGAAGUGUUCAUUGCCGUUACUGAAACUUCAGAAACUUCGACAACAAGAAGUGCUGUUAUUGGUGGUGUGGUAGGUGCUGUAGUUACGUUAGGAAUUGUGUGCGCUUCUGUUAUGGUGAUCGUGCUCUUAAAAAGGAGAAAAGGACAGAAUAAAACGGAAAAAAAUAAUAAAUCUUAUGAAAAUACUGGAUUCCAGGAAAGACAAAAAGAUGAUGAGUACGAAGAAGUUAGAAAUAAAUGUGAUGUGCAGCAAAAACAAUCUAGUAAAACCUACGAAACACUUGGUACCAAAGACACGCUUAACGUUUAUGAUGGUUUAGAUACUUCUAAAGGUCUGACACCAUCUAAAUCCUCGUUGGACCAUUACGAAGCUUUAGGUAUUCAAGAUAAACCUUGCAUUUAUUCUGAACUAGAAAACCAGAAAGAAGAGAUACAGCUAAAGGAACAACCGGCAGAGAAAAAUAUACUUAAAGCAUCAAAUAAUCAUAAAGAAGGUCGUAAACUAAAUACAACACAAGGACCAAAAGAAAACGUUUAUGCUAAUGAAGUAUUUUGAUGCAAAUAUUGCCACAUAAAUAAUGUAUAUUGCUAUAUAACAGUUUAAUGAGAGUCACCACCAACAUAUUGUUUUAAACUGUAAUGCUAUGACUUGUAAAUAUGCGGGCAACAUUCAGUCUAUAUUCUAAAGAGGGAAGUGAAAAUAAAGAACUUUGUUUCUAUGCAAGCUGUCGCGCUAAUUUAUACAAAGUUUUAUGUAAAUAGGAUGUUUCUUGAAAUCUGAAUACAUGCUGACUUAUAUAAGUCAUAAUUCAGAUAGCAUUAGUUUUCACUAUAUGUCCACCAAUGUUUAAAUAAAAGAACAAUUUAUUGGAAAAUUAACAAAUCAGCAUCCUCUUGAUUGCUAUUAUUCUGUAACAAUUUAAUAGAAAAUAUUAGUAUACUUUAUUGGUGUUAUGCAUAUGUAAGACAUCUGUGUUAUAGUUCUUGGUUUGCCAUAUCUUACAGUUUUAACUUGUAGUCGAUGAACUUCUUUAAACAUUUCAAAUGUGAUUUUUUUUAGAAAAGGUUCUAAAAGCAUAGCCUUUGUUAGGAUCUUGACAUAUUGUUAUAUGUAACAACAAUCUUUUAGGAUCAAUAAAAACCCGACAACUUGUAGGAUCCCGAGCCUUUGGCAACAUACUGUUAUUCGUAGAUUUACCAACCAAAGUAAACAUAACGUUUUACACCUAAACGGAAUGUGUUUAUUCAUUUUUGAAUAGUUUGAAGAUUGAUUCUAAGGAUCAAAACAUUAAAAUCUAAUAAAAGCAAUGAAGAUA